AUGGAGAGCAUUACGCAGUUGUUCAAUGAUUUGUGUGAAGCACACUUGGCGGGUUUGCCAUGGAAGGUCCACCUGGGCAGGCGGAAGAUCAGCAAGAGAAGGGCUAAGCAAAACCUGAAGAGGGUUGCUUAUAAUGCCCUGUUCAUAAAUCUUUUUCAAGACGAGGCCCGUAAGCUGCAAUCAAAUGUUUCCAGGCUCCCAGUGAAAAACAAAAUUUUGAUGCUGUCUUUCAACUUGAGAGUUGGUGGCCUAGGUGCUCAAGCGGAUAGGCUGGAGAAUCUGGUGGAGGAACUGGAAACAAUGGAAUGCUUGCCGUUUACUGAAGUUAAUUCUGUCUUAGAUCUCUUAGUACAGCUCGCUGGAACAGGUCCUCCUCAGCUCGUACCACAAAAGAAGGACUAUUUUCAGAACAACAAAUACGUUGGGAGAAAUGUCAAAUAUCAGGGCUACGAUUACUAUGAUGUAAGCGUGUUUGAGGCUGAUAUACAGUCUCUCAUAACCAACGAAGAGUGUCAGUUCAACGACGCGAUUCAGAAGACGCUGCAGAUAAUGGAGGCUGCACCUGGCACUGGGCUCCCGGCCAUAGGGAUGUUCUCACAGAACUAUCCAGCUGGGGACAAGUUUGAGAAAGAAACGCGGGUCUCGCUCUUCGGUGCUCUUGUCCACAGCCGUACCUAUGACAUGGACAUCAAGCUGGAUUUGCCACCGGUGCCUGACAAUGCAGAUUUGUCUGGACUUGCAAUUAAAGUUCCCCAAAGUAUAGACCAGUCAGAAGAUGAGGGAUUCCAGUCAGCAUCCAAUCUGACUCCCGAUUCUCAGUCAGAGCCGAGUAUGACUCCAGACAUAGACCUGUGGGACGCAGUGCUUACCUAUGGACCCAGCAAACGAAGAUGUUGGGAAAGAAUUGGAUACCCACCUGGUAAAAAAGAGGAACCAUAUCUUACUGAAGCUGGGAGAGAAGCUUUUGACAAGUUUUACAAACUUCGAGAAGGGGAAUUGCAACUGUUCAGUAGUACUGUACUUCAGCUCCCACAGCUCGUGCUAAUGAAAGAACCUGAACUGGUUAAGGAUGUCUUGAAUGUCCUCAUUGGUGUGGUAUCCACUACGUUUUCACUCAAUCAGGCUGCACAGACAUUUGUGAUAAAGGAGGGAGUAUAUGUAUCUGGAACUUCACCAGAGACAAUGCACAACCUGCUCUCAGAAGUUGCAGAGUAUGGAACCUAUUACACACGGCUAAGUCGUUUUUCUCUUCAGCCAGUUUUAGAUUCUUCAUACAGCAAAGGACUUGUGUUUCAGGCAUUCACAAGUGGGCUGAGAAAGUAUCUGCAAUAUUACCGAGCCUGUGUUUUGUCAACACCUCCUACUUUAAGUCUCCUAACGAUCAGCUUUCUCUUCAGAAAAUUAGGUCGUCAGUUGAGGUAUUUAGCUGAACUUUGUGGCAUAGGAACAACGACGCUGGGGAUCAGUGGUGGAGCUGGUGCUUCAUUUCCCACGGGUGUUAAAUUGCUUUCAUAUCUGUACAAAGAGGCUCUCAACAACUGCAGCAAUGAGCAUUAUCCAGUUCUUCUGUCUUUGUUGAAGACAAGCUGUGAACCAUACACAAGAUUUAUCUACGAUUGGGUAUACAGUGGUGUAUUUAGAGAUGUUUAUGGAGAAUUUAUGAUCCAGGUGAAUGAGGAUUAUCUUUGUUUCAGAGAUAAACAUUACUGGACUCAUGGUUAUGUUUUGAUUUCAAAAGAAGUUGAAGAUUGUGUCCCUGUAUUUCUUAAACAUAUUGCUAAUGAUGUAUACAUAUGUGGGAAAACCAUAAACUUGCUGAAAUUGUGCUGUCCUCGGCAUUAUAUAUGUUGGUCAGAUAUACCUGUUCCCCGGAUUUCAGUUAUCUUUUCACUUGAGGAACUGAAAGAAAUAGAGAGAGAUUGUGCAGUGUAUGUGGGUCGAAUGGAAAGAAUUGCCCGAUACAGUUCCAUAAGCAAGGAGGAAAAGGAUUUGCGCAUGGAAAUAGCCAAACAAGAAUUGAUUGUUCAUGCUCGAGAAACUGUUAGCAAAGUACUAAAAGCCAUUAAUGAUCGACAAAUAUCAGAACGAAUGGCUUUGGAUGCAAAGAAACGGGAACAGUUUCAGAAACUGAAAGAGCAAUUUGCAAAAGACCAAGAGCGUCGCCUUGCAAUAAAGCAAGAGGAGAUCGAUGAUGAUUUCAGCUACGCCCGAGAGCUCCGAGAGAGAGAGAAAAGACUGAAAGCUUUAGAAGAAGAACUGGAAAAGAAGGCAAGGCAGGAAUUAAUUGACCAUUAUAGCAAACUUUCUGAUGAUGCAGCCCGUAGGGAACAAAGAGCGUUAUGGAAAAUCCAGCGACACAAGUUGGAAACAGCCCGUCUUAAGUUUCUGUUGGAAGAUCAAAAACGCAUCGAGGAAAUGCUUGAAAAACUUCCAGAUGGAAACUACAGGAGAAAAUUAGAUAUUAUUCCUUAUAAUCAGUGCCAGUUGGCUUUAGACAAAAACCCUGUUGUGAAAGGUCCACAUUCAGAGGUGUCUUCUGUGAAACCUCUGCAAUCUGAUGAGACAGUUGGCAGAAAAGAACCUGAGCCUGGGCUGGAAUGUGCUGCUUCUGCUGAGGAAGCACCGCCCGUGCCAGAGCCAACAAAUAAUCACGCUGAUCAGCCUGAAGCAGCAGGAUCUGAAAGCAGCCUCCAGAGUUCAGAGAAAGUAUGCAGUCCUUUGUACAGUGCUGAUUCCAUGCCUGAAUCCAAUGUGAAUAUAGAAGAUUUCUUAUCAAAGCCACAAGAAGAACAGCCUGUUGCCAUUAGCAUACAAGGAUCUUUGCUAGAUGAGGCGUUCCGAAAUAUUAGCUCGGAUCUUUCUGAGACUUCUCAAGUAAGUGAAAAUCAGCCAGUCUUGAGAGGAGCACUGGGAGGAGAAGACAAUGCAGCAUUGCAUCAGCAAAACGAGUAUGAUUUUAAUACAGUUCUCAGACCAUCUGCAGCUUGGCAGGGACAUGUUAGAGUUGGAGAAAAUGUAUUUGAUGUGGAGUACAGAAGGCCUCGGUGGAAUAUUCAUGGACAUGCAUCUGAUGCCAGCAUUAGAGUGGGAGAAUACGUUCCUCAUGUGGACACUUACCAGCCACGUUCAAGUCCUUAUGGGCAUUCUUCAGACUCCCAUAUAGAAAUCAGCAGCUAUACUUCUGAAGUUGAACCCAGCCGACCCCGAUGGAAUAUUCAUGGGCAUGUUUCUGAAGCCCAUAUUAAAAUUGGGGAAUACGCUUCAGAGGUAGAGCCCUCAAGGCCUAGGUGGAAUAUUCAUGGACAUGCUUCGGAAGCCAACAUUAAGAUUGGAGAGUAUGUGUCAAAUGUAGCUCCUACAAGACCUCGAUGGAACAUCCAUGGUCAUGCAUCUGAUGCCAAUAUCAAGAUUGGUGAAAACGUGUCAGAGGUGGUUUCAGCUAGACCUCGUUGGAACGUCCAUGGGCAUGCUUCACAGUCACACAUCAAAAUUGGAGAACUGGUUUCAGACACAGAGCCUUUGAAAUCUCGUUGGAGCCCAUUUGGCCACGCAUCCCAGUCAAGCAUCCAAAUAGGGAAGUGGGCCCCAUCCACAGAAGAUGAUCCAAUACCUCAUCGUAAAACCAUUUCAGGUCCUUCAUCUGACUCCACAGUUCAGACACUUCUGUACAGUGAAGAAUUACCUCCGGCUGAAGGGAGCAGAAAGGAGGCAAAACCAUCACAAGCUCAGGAGAAGACUUUACCACAAUCACAGUCAUCUGACAGUGUUCCAGUCUUUCCUGAUGCUAAUACUAAAGAUGACAAAAAAGAAAAUACAAUGGAAGAGAAACAAGAAGUAAUUGCAGAUGUGGUCAACAAGGACCCUUCUCCAGAUUCCUCACAGAACUUACAGGUAGAAGGAACUGAAAAAGCAAUGCCACAAGAUACUGUGACGCAGGAAACCUUAUUGUCUGAAGCUGAUGCUCCCAAGCCUAAGGAGGAGGAAGGGGGAGAGGAAGAUACGUGGAAGAAAGAACAAGCUUAUUUGAAAGCCUUAUCGGAUCAGUACUGUAUUGAAAAAUAUCAAGAUAGUUAUGAUUUGAUGUCAGAACUGCCAGUGUCCCAUCUCUUGCAUCACGUGAUCCCGAGAUCGUACACUUUCCCCGUGGACCCUGUGGUGCAGUCAGCGACGGAUGAAACGGCCGUGCAGCUCAGCGAGCUCCUGUCGCUGCCAGUGCUGAUGAAGCGGUCUAUUACUGCUCCUCUUGUAUCUCAUGUCUCUCUUGUGAACAAAGCAAUAGUUGAUUACUACUUUGUGGAACUGAAUGUGGAGAAGCAUUUUGAAGCACUGAGACACUUUUUGCUAAUGGAAGAUGGGGAGUUUGCUCAGUCACUCAGCGACCUGUUGUUUGAGAAGCUUGGAUCAGGACAAACACCUGGUGAAUUACUGAAUCCACUGGUUCUUAAUUCUAUCCUAAAUAAAGCCCUACAGUACAGUCUUCAUGGUGACACCCAGCUUGCUUCCAAUCUUUCUUUUGCCCUCAAAUACCUGCCAGAAGCGUUCAAGCCCAACGCGCCCGAUGCUCUGAGUUGCUUAGAGCUGAGGUACAAGGUUGACUGGCCUCUGAACAUUGUCAUUACUGAGAGCUGCAUGAAUAAAUACAACAAGAUCUUCUCCUUUUUGCUUCAGCUGAAGCACAUGGUGUGGACUCUCAAGGACGUUUGGUUUCACUUAAAACGCACUGCUUUAGUGAGUAGUGCAUCAAAUUCUGUUCAGUUCCGACAGCUCCAGCUGUAUAAACAUGAAAUGCAGCAUUUUGUCAAAGUUAUUCAAGGUUAUAUUGCCAAUCAGAUUCUUCACGUUACGUGGUGUGAAUUUGGAAACAAACUGUCUUCUGUAGGCAACCUGGAAGAAAUCCACAGAACACACGCUGAAUACCUCAACAAAGCAAUCUUCAGGGGUCUGUUGACAGAGAAGGCUGCCCCCGUGAUGAACAUUAUCCACAGCAUCUUCAGCCUCAUCUUGAAGUUCCGCAGCCAGCUCAUCUCCCAGGCCUGGAGCUUCGACGCAGGGAAGCAAAUGGCUGUUCACCCCAACUUCGGGCUGAUGCAGCAGUCCUACAACACCUUCAAGUAUUACUCCCACUUCUUGUUCAAAGGGUGUCCAAAAGUGGUGUCAAAGGACCAAACCCAGGUAUUUCAGGAUGAGUUAGAAUGGCUGCUUCCAAAUUCUGCAGGAAGUCAGAACAUCUCUGGGAGCCAACUAAGCCCAUACUACGAGAUCUAUGGUUGCUUCAUGGACAGAGAUUAAUAGACCGUUCCGUAAGGAAAAACUGCUGAGUGACCUAGUUCUUUACACCCUCUUCAUUAAGCACUACAAAAGAAAUGUGUGCUUGUUCCUCUACACUUGUCCCUUCAGCCACCACCUGUUGUAAAAUGCUCUCUUUCACAGUGGGUUGAUCCAGAAUCCAUUGAAAGCCAAUACAAAGUGGUCUGGACUUCAAUGGCUUUGGCUCAGGCCCUGACUUCUAACUGUACACUCCCCCUUCUUCCUUGCAUGUUGCUGCUGCUUGCUCCUUCCCUUCGUACUAGUGCAUGGGAUGGUUAUGAGCUCAGGGAGUGCCUCUGGCCUUUCUUCCUCUGUUACUAAGGAUGGUUGUUUAGAGCAGUUGGUUUGUUCAUUCAUAGAGACUGAGGAUGUUUGUCCCAGGAAUUUCUCUUUGGUUUUUUUUCUUUCUUGCAAUGGACUUUGCUAAAGAAAACUUCAGCAGAGCUGCUGCUUUCACAGAGGUCACCAGAGGACCUAAACAGCCUUCCUGGUCCGUUGGCAUUGCGAUAAGAACAUACCCUCUUACUGAGAGAGCAUUUCUGUAUUAGAAUGUCACAGCUUCGCUUAGAUCUGACACGUAAUCCUUCUCUUCCGUCUUAUUUGAAAUACUUUGUAGUUCCAGAAAGCGAUACUGAACCUUUCUUAUGCAAAAAUAAGACAUUUGUUUCCAGAUUUCUGCAUUAGGCUUUUUUUUUUUUUUGGUUAAGUAAGUUAAAACG